AUGCAAUCAAGUAAAUCACAACUUUUUGAAAUCUUAACUAGUCUUUACGAAAAUCAAUCGGAAAGUUCUAUAAAUUCUUCAAUGAGUUCAAGCCAUCGUGCCGUCGACCUUAUUAACACGACCUUUACGGUAAUGGGAGAUCAAAGGUUUUUAUCCGAAAAAAAGUUUUGUGAAGAUCAG